GGUCCCCGGUAAAUUAGGAGGGGGGGGGGAGGGAAGAUGGCGUCUGGCGGUGACACUCGGAGCGGAGACCCGGCCGAGGAGGAGGACGGCUCUCGGAAUACGGGGGUUGCCCCAGCACCACCACCAGCUACAACAGCUGCACCGCCUUCGGACAGUGGUGUAGCUGGGACUACACCACCACCUCCUCCUGUUCCACUGCCACCCGUCUGCCCUUUACCACCGGAAUCUGAACCCCGGCAGAUUGAGACCCAGGAAAGAGCGGCCCCCGAUUCGGCAAAGCCACAGGCAGCAGUACCAGCAGCAGCAGCAGCAGCAAGGAAUGUAGCACAAGCGGAAGCACGGGUGACCAGUGCGGCAGUGCCACAGACGGUGGCACUCGGAACGACAGCGGCAGAGACGGCAGAAGCAGCCGUGAAAGCAGUCCCAGCGGCGGCAGCGGUGCCAACGGUGGUGGUGGCGGAGGUAUCUGACGAGGUGGUAUUGCCAGCAAUCAAGGCUGCAGCGUUAGCAUCGGCAGCGCCGUCCGCAGUAUCGUCCGCAGCAUCGUCAUCCGUGGCGCCGCCAUCACCAGUGCCUGCAACUGCAUCGACGUUGACAGGGGUGCCAUCGACAUGGACAGCGGCAUUGACAGCAGCAGCAACAUCGUCAACAGCAGCAGCAGCAACAUCGUCAACAGCAGCAGCAGCAACAUCGUCAACAGCAGCAGCAACUUCGUCGACAGCAGCAGCAACAUCGUCAACAGCAGCAGCAGCAACAUUGUCAACAGCAGCAGCAGCAACAUCCUCAACAGCAGCAGCAACUUCGUCAACAGCAGCAGCAGCAACAUCAUCAACAGCAGCAGCAGCAGCAGCAACAUCGUCGACAGCAACAGCAUCGUCGACAGCAGCAGCAACAUCGUCGACAGCAACAUCAUCAUCAUCCACAGCAGCAGCAACAUCGCCAGCAGCAGCAACAUCUUCAACAGCAGCAUCGCCAGCGGAAACAUCAUUGACAGUAACAUCAUGGACAGAAACAUCAUUGGCAGCAGCGACAUCGACAGCUUCAUCAACAGAUAUCCUACAUACAACGACAGCAGCAGCAGUUCCAGCAUCAUCAUUGGCAGCAGCCCCAUGCACAUCGACAACAGCUUCAGCAGUAUCAUCAACAGCAGCCCCAGCUACAGUAGCAUCAUCAACAGCAGCCCCAGCUACAGCAGCUUCAUCGAUAGCAUCAUUGACAGUAGCGUCAAUGGCAGCAGCACCAUCCACGUUGACAGCGGCAUCAACAGCAGCAGUAGCAGCAUCAUCAACAGCAGUAUCCUCUACAGCAGCAUCGCCGACAUCGACAGACGCAUCACCGACAUCGACACAGCCAAUGAUAGCAACAGCAGCACGAAUAACAUCGACAACAGCACCUUUGGCAGCAGCGUCAGUGACUGAAAAGCGAGCAUCGGGAAGCGGAGAGGCAGCAUUGCGCACGGUGAUAGUGGCGGUGGGGGCUGUUGUAUCUAGAGACGAAGGGACCAAGAACGAGGGGACCUCUGCGGUCAUAACACGGGGCGUGGGGGAGCACAUGGCUAAAGUGACGAGCACGGGGGAUGUGAGAGAUGACGGGUCUGUGCCUCAGGACGUGGAGAUGGAGGAGGUGAACGAGGUGGAUCCACGCACGUCCAUGACUAGUCAGGAGUCUGUGAUUCAGAAAAGUGGAGCGUGCGUGUCUGAGAGCCAGGAGAGUGGAGGCCACGGGGCUGUGACACAGGAAGAAGAAAUGGAGACGUCAGAGACACAGGAGGCUCGAUCUCAAGUUGGCGGAGCAUUGGAAAUUGGUGCGGAGAAGACCACAGCACCGGAGGCUGGAGCUCAACAGGUUUUGACACCGGAGGAUGGAGCACAGAAGGCCGACACGGAGGAGGCUGGAGCUCAGAAGGCCGACACCCAAGAGGCUGGAGCUAAGAAUGCCGACAUGCAGGAGGUUGGAGCUAAGAAGGCCGACAUGCAGGAGGUUGGAGCUAAGAAGGCCGACAUGCAGGAGGUUGGAGCUAAGAAGGCCGACACGCAGGAGGCUGGAGCUAAGAAGGCCGACACGCAAGAGGUUGGAUCACAGAAGGCCGACACGCAAGAGGCUGGAGCUAAGAAGGCCGACACGCAGGAGGCUGGAGCACUGAAGGCCGACACGCAAGAGGUUGGAUCACAGAAGGCCAACACGCAAGAGGCUGGAGCUAAGAAGGCCGACAUGCAGGAGGUUGGAGCACAGAAGGCCGACACGCAUGAGGCUGGAGCACAGAAGGCCGACACGCAAGAGGCUGGAGCACAGAAGGCCGACACGCAGGAGGUUGGAGCACAGAAGGCCGACACGCAGGAGGCUGGAGCUAAGAAGGCCGACAUGCAGGAGGUUGGAGCACAGAAGGCCGACAUGCAGAAGGCUGGAGCACAGAAGGCCGACAUGCAGGAGGUUGGAUCACAGAAGGCCGACACGCAGGAGGUUGGAGCACAGAAGGCCGACACGCAGGAGGUUGGAGCACAGAAGGCCGACAUGCAGGAGGUUGGAUCACAGAAGGCCGACAUGCAGGAGGUUGGAUCACAGAAGGCCGAUACGCAGGAGGUUGGAGCUCAGGAGGCCGACACGCAGGAGACUGGAGCCCAGAAGGCCGACACCCAAGAGGCUGGAGCUCAGAAGGCCGACACGCAAGAGGCUGGAGCUAAGAAGGCCGACACGCAAGAGGCUGGAGCUCAAGAGACUGGGACCCGUCCGACCAAACGGCGGCGGUUGGGGUCAGGUGACAGCUCUCGGAGCAGCGACACCAUCCAGGACGUCAGCUCGGUGUGCAGUGGAGCAUUCUUCCUGGCCGAGAUGCUCGUGGAGUACAAGUGGCCUUCGGACGACGGGGGCGAGUACUACAUGCUCCAAGAGCAGAUCAGCGAGUAUCUGGGGGUCACCUCCUUCAAGCGCAAAUACCCAGACCUGGAGCGACACGACCUGUCGCACAAGGAGAAGCUCCACCUGCGCGAGCUCAACGUCAUCACGGAGACGCAGUGCACGCUGGGGCUGACGGCACUGCGCAGCGACGAGGUCAUCGACCUACUGAUGAAGGAGUACCCCACCAAGUACGCCGAGUACGUGACCGUGCUACAGGACCGCGAGCGGCAGAGGAUCACCGACCGCUACAAGGAGUACUCGCAACAGCAGAGCAACCAGAAGGUGGAGCCGGGCAAGGCUCCCGAAUACAUGAAGAAAGCCGUGCGCAAGGCGGCCGAGUACAACCUCAACCUGAACCGCGAGCGCCUGGAGGAGCGGCGCGCCUACUUCGACCUGCAGACGCACACAAUCCAGUUCCCGUAUGGCAAGUACAAGGCCAUCGCGCCCGACAAGACCAAGGUCGGGUCCUACCCUGUCGCCCUCAUUCCGGGCCAGUUCCAGGAGUACUACAAGAGGUACUCGGCGAGCGAGCUGCGCUACCUCCCGGUGAACACGGCGCUCUACGCGCCGCCGCUCGACCCCGAGCUGCCGGCGCCCGACAGCGACGGCGCCGACUCGGACGAUGACGGAGACGGAGACACGCAGGGGCGACGCGGGGACGACUCGACCUCCGACAGCGGCACGAGCAGCAGCUCGGAUGGCGAGAGCCCCAGCGACGCUGCCGAGGAGCCGGCGCCCCCCCCGCGCCCCGGGCCCGGCCGUCCCCCCAAGGACCCGGCGGCGGCAGCGGCGCGCCUGGCGCAGCACAAGGCGGUGCCCGGGUACAAGCCCAAAGUGGUGUACAACGCCCUGUGCGGCAUCUGCCUGAAGGGGCGCGAGAACAACCGCAAAGGCAAGGCCGAGUCGCUGGUGCAUUGCUCGCAGUGUGACAACAGCGGUCACCCUUCGUGCCUGGACAUGAGCAACGAGCUGGUGGCCGUCAUCAAGACGUACCCGUGGCAGUGCAUGGAGUGCAAGACGUGCGUGGUGUGCGGGCAGCCGCACCACGAGGAGCAGCUCAUGUUCUGCGACAAGUGCGACCGCGGGUACCACACCUUCUGCGUGGGGCUCGACCACAUCCCCGUGGGUCGCUGGAACUGCGCGACGUGCGAGGCGAACCCCGUCAACCCCAAGAAGACGGCAAAGCGUGGCAAGAACGGCAAGGACAGCUGAGUGGCGCGGCAGAAGAGAUGGAGAGAUCCGCCGUUCCCCUCCCCUCCUCGCUCCCCUCGACUACCCCUCCCCAUCCCGCCCACUGCAUCCUCCUCCUCCUCGUGCCCGGCAAUGCCGCCCCGGGAGACGUAAUCAGGUGGUGAUGUGCGUAACCUCAGGGAGCCGAGCGGUGAACCGCGAGACUUUGGGGCAACUCUUCUGUGAACCGUCGCUCGUGUCGGUCGCACCGAUCCUUAGAAAUCGAGGUUGUGGCCCCGAACUUUCUCCGGUUCCGUUAGUGCCAGCACCACGACCGCCGCCGCCGCCACUACCACCCACACCCCUCCCCCGGAUGCUGGCGAUGACGAGGGUGUGCCGAGCGAUCCUCCUUGUGUACAGGUCGCGAGCUGCCGGGUAACGUGGCUCUGGCGUUUGUGACUUUUGUACCAAAAAUGAGCCGAUGGUGCUACGGACGUCUUGAAUUCAGGGAUCCCGAUCUCCUGUUUUGGUUUUCUAAUAAAGGUUUGAACCCAA